AUGCUUCCCCGGGCGGGUAAAGAGUUUCUGGUCCGGAUACGGUUAUCCUGGCGGACACUAUUCCAGGGCCGUUACCUGCUGCUCACCAACACCCUGAGUGGAGGAGUCAUAACGGUGCUGGGAGACUCCCUGCAGCAGAGCUGGGAGAGCCACAAGGAUCCAGGCAGAGUCCAAGACUGGAGGAGGACAGGUCGCAUGUUUGUGAUGAGCUGCUCCAUGGGUCCAUUGCAUCACUACUGGUACCACUGGCUGGAUAAAGUGUUUGUGGGCACAGCUCUGAACACGGUGGGCAAGAAGCUUCUACUGGAUCAGCUUAUCCCCUCACCAACACUCGGCGUGUGGUAUUUUUUAGGUAUGGGUGUCAUGGAGGGACGCACUUUAUCCGAAGGCUGGGAGGAGUUUAAAGACAAGUUCUGGGAAUAUUAUAAGGCGGACUGCUGUGUUUGGCCGGCAGCUCAGAUGAUCAACUUCUUCUUUCUUUCGCCCAAAUUUCGCGUGUUGUACAUCAACAUUGUCGCCUUAGGGUGGGACACCUACAUGUCCUACCUCAAACACAGAGAUGGCAGCCACCACACUGAGAUAGUGUUGGUGCAGAAGGAAGCGCUCCCACCCUCCAAACCUCUGGAGGAGAUAGCUUAG